CAAAAUUGACCUUCAGAUUAAUUGAGACCAAAGUACCAGACUGAAGACUUUUGUCAUCCAGUAGAAAGAGAGAAAAAAGAAAAACGAUAAUUCAUGCAAAUGGAAAUAAUUGAGCUUGUUUUAUCAUGUAAUUAAUUGAUCUACUGCUUAUUGCGACAGACCUAGUCAGCAGUGUAAUGUUUUCAAAAUACAUCAUUAAACUGAUCAGCUGAAGGGUAAUAAAGUAAAUCCCCCACUCGGUCAAAGUCCUGGGGGGAACCUUGACCUGCUGCCUUCAUUAGUUUGAGCAUUAACUGAAGGAGAACCUUCAAGGUUAAUGUGCUUUGAAGAACGCAUUUCAGUAUUAAUUGGAAAAUUGAUUUAUAGCUGGGGAACCGUGUUGUUGCUUGAGGGAUGUUUCAUGAUGACAUUCUUAUCCUCAUGAAACCCCGAUGGUCUCCCCCUGCUGGUUAGGUCCGGUAUCGUCGAGAGCACGCAUCAGGUCGCCAGCUGCCCUUCUUCCCGCUGCUGGAAGACCUCAUGAGGGACGUUUGUGACGGCGGCGCGCUGCUCACCGUGGUCCACUACUACUGCCCUGAUAUCAUGAAGCUGGAGGAUAUUUGCCUGAAGGAAGUCCCUUCCAUCGCUGAUAGUCUGUACAACAUCCAGCUGCUGAGAGAAUUUGCCAGUGAAUAUCUGAAUAAAAGCUGCUAUCUGACAAUGGAGGACAUGCUCUACUCACCGCUUGUUCUCAAGCACAACGUUAUGGUGUUCAUUGCUGAGCUGUUCUGGUGGUUUGAGACGGUCAAGCCAGAGUUCGUCCAACCCAGAGACCUUCAAGAGUUUAAAGAUGCUCGAGCCAUAGCUCAUCCCAAGAGUGCCCGGCCAUCAGUGCCCAUCUCCAACGCCACCAAGCGCAGCUUUCUGACUAGUCCUGGCGUGGCAGAUAACCAGAGCAACCCCGAAGUCUGUAACAGGUACUUCCUGCACCCCGAAGGCUCUGACCCUCUUAAGGGCGGUCCGGCCUUCAGUCCCUCUCAUCCACUGCUUCCUCUUAGACAGAGGCAACAAAAACAGCAAGGGGACGACGGCGGAGGCUUGAGAAACCGUUCGAACUCUCUCAGUCAGAUGGAUGGACAACAACUCAGAGGCUCUGCUGCAGCGUGGCCCGACAAAAGGCAAAGACCCCUGUCCACGCUGAGCCCCUUCAUGCUGCAUUCUGCCACCGACAGCGACGCUGACAUUGCCUCUGGCGACAGCGUGAGUCUGGCUCGCUCCAUUAGCAAGGACAGCCUGGCGUCCAACGUCACCAACGUCACUCCUAAACAUCAGACCGCCGUCCACCAGUCGUCUGCCAUGCGAAGAGUCAACGGCCACAAUCUACUGAGUCAUGUCAACAUGGAGGACGGGGAAGAAACUCCCGCCGACGCUACUGUCAUCCCAAAACGAUCCGACGGGCCUGCUGCGUCAGCCACAGCCAUACCUAGACCUUCCUCCGACUCCACUCCUGACGCCGACGGCUUUUACCUUGAACCACUGAUGCCUGCUGUUCUGAAAACGGCUAAAGAGAAAUCUGUAUGUCUGAACAAAGAGGAGGAGAGCGGGGAGGGGCCCCGCUCGGCAGGUAGGGGUUCCUUACGCCGUGGAGAUGGGUCUUCAGCUGCCGUUCGCAGAAAAGCGCCUUCUGAUCUCAACCAGACGUUUCCCGCUCCAGGCGAAGAGGAACGCUUGACGGACGAGCGGCAGCAGGCGGAUUUCAGAGCGGUCAUAACCAGGGAGCCAGCUGAAGGUUUCUACCACUCGGACUCUGCCCAGCCAAAGUGCGUCCACGGUCCGGAGGCAGAGCUGGAGGACCUGGAUGAGGAAGAGGAGGAUCUGGACGAAGCUCUGACCACUAAAGACUCGAGGAAAGGUUACGGCGAAGCAGACGAAGAGGAGUCAGCCAAGCUCCAGGAGGACAUGAAUGUCAAAGAGCACGAAGACAAAGACUUUAAUGGCGCCAGCGGCCGCUCCAGCCCCUGCCUCAGCACACACUCCCAAGCUAGCAGCAUGGCCAGCGGCAGCGUGCGCAUGACCUCCUUCGCUGAGCGAAAAGCGCAGCAGCAGCGCUUCGGCAGCAACCACGACCUGCGCUCCAGCGCCUCCAGCUCCCAGAGGACGACCCCGGACGGGUCGGAGAGCAGCGGACCCCUGUCGUCGUCUUGGAGACUGAAGAGAGAUCAGAGCACUUCCUCCCCCUUGGGAGGGUGCAAUCGUCCAGGUGACGGUGGCACCAACGUGCUGGCGUCUGAAAUCGUUCAGCUCCGGAUGCAGCUGGAGGAGAAGCGGCGAGCCAUUGAGCACCAGAAGAAGAAGAUGGAGGUGCUGGCGGCGAGGCAGAGACAGAAGCUGGGCAAAGCGGCGUUUCUGCACAUCGUUAAGAAAGGAGGCGGACGGAGCGACACGCUGCCCAGCUCACUCAAAGCAGACAUCUCUAAAGACGAUCUCAACGGGGAGAAGGGACCCUUAAGCAAAGACGAUAUGUGUGUCGACACCCUACGGGGGCAGAAGGAGGCAGAGGGGAUGGGUGCCUUGGAAGCAGACAAGAAGGGGAACGGCGGGAGCUUUUAUCUCGACGAGGAACUGGACCUGAACGAGUGCAGCCGCUCCAUCGAGCUGCUGAACGAAGCCAUCGGCAGCAUCCAGCAGCAGAUGAUGCAACUGUCGCUGCAGCAGGAGAUGCUGAUGAAACAGAAUGUGCAAUCCCCACCCUGCGCGACGCCGCCUCCUCCACACGCAGGAGACAAAAACGGUGACUCGAAGACGGGAGGCUUUCACUUCGUGGAGCACCUCUCUGGGUCGGGCAGCGCCCCCACCAGGAAGCCGCCCAAGCUGAGCUCAGGCCGGAGCUCCAGGUCCAAGCCGUCCGAGCUGAAACUGGCGAAGGAGCAGAGCCGACCGGCCUCCAGGGCUCUCACCCCGACCCAGGGCGGGUCAGAAACCUUAGCAAGCCCACGGCAGUUAUCUGGAGGCAGGUCCCCCAGAUGCGAUCGAAACCCCACCGCCGCGGAGAUGAUGGACCGACCGGGAUCUGGGCAUGUCAGAAGUGCCACCUUCCGCCUUCAGGACGAGGCUAACAUGCGCCUGCCAACCCGCGUGGACCUAGCAUGCGUGCCUGCACCAGAACCGCUUGGCGAGUCUGGGUCCAGCACGCAGGUAGAGGGUGACGUCAGUUCCUCAGAGAAGGAAGGACUCCUGUCAGAAGAGGCACAGCGAAGCAAAACCCACCUGAUUGAGGUGGAUCUGUCCGAGCUGAAGGCCCCAGAGGAAGAGGAGGGCACCGAGGACGCCGCGGCAGAGAAAGGCGAUGGAGAGCAGAAGUCAGUGAUGGGCUUCUUCUUCAAGGAUGAGCAGAAAGCUGAGGAUGAACUUGCGAAGAAGAGGGCAGCAUUCCUGCUGAAACAACAGAAGAAAGCCGAGGAGGCUCGUAUUCGCAAACAACAGCUAGAAGCUGAAUCCGAACUGAAACGAGAUGAAGCCAGGCGAAAAGCGGAGGAGGACCGCUUGCGUAAAGAGGAGGAGAAGACGCGGCGGGAGCUGAUAAAGCAGGAGUAUCUUCGGCGGAAGCAGCAGGAGAUGUUUGAGGAGCAAGGCCUGGUGAAGCCCAAAACGCCCAAACCCAAGCAGAAACACAAACACAAGGCGGUUAUCAGAGAGGAAUCUGCCACUGAUGAUUUCUCCAAGUGCUCUUCCACACCAGACAACCUGAGCAACGCCCAGUCAGGCUCCAAUCUGUCUCUGGCCUCUGCAGCGACAAACGAGGCCGACAGCGUCAACUCCGGAGGGGCCGGCUCCCAGCGCUGUGACUCUGUGGAGUCGUUUCCAGGCAGUCGCAACAACAGCCGAGCCGCAGAGAGAGACUGGGACAACGGCUCCACCGCGUCCUCCAUCACUUCCAUGGCUGAAUACACUGGCCCUAAACUUUUCAAAGAGCCCAGUGCCAAGUCAAAUAAGCCCAUCAUACACAAUGCAAUCUCUCAUUGCUGCCUGGCGGGGAAAGUCAACGAACCCCAGAAGAACCAGAUCCUGGAGGAGCUGGAGAAGUGUGAAUCCAACCACCUGAUGAUCCUGUUUCGUGAUGGCGGCUGCCAGUUCCGGGCACUCUACACCUACUUCCCUGACACGGAAGAGAUCCAUAAGCUGACGGGCACCGGACCCAAGAGCAUCAGCAAGAAGAUGAUCGACAAGCUGUACAAGUACAGCUCGGACCGCAAACAGUUCACCGUCAUCCCUGCCAAGACUGUGUCGGUGAGCGUGGACGCUCUGACCAUCCACAACCACCUGUGGCAGGCCAAGAGAAGCGCUGUGCCAAAGAAAACGGGGAAGUAGCAGACCGCUUUCAGAUCUGCGCCGUCUUAUCUCGCCGCCCAGCUUGGCCUGGAAACCUACUUGGGAGGAUUCACGUCUAGGUGGAGGGACUGGUGAAUCAUCUCCUCCUCCUCCCUGUGAUAUCGGUGUGAUUGCUUCAGGUUUAUUUUAGUUAUUUUGAAGCAAGCAUGUGGCAUUGUUUCUCUAAUAUGUAGAGAACGUCCAUUUUUACAUGGAGUAUUUAUUAGUUCAGCACUGUCGUGGUUGAAAGCUCGGCCGCAGCACUAAAACCCCUUCUCCUUCGGAUAGAUGUAGGCAUGAAGGUGGAGAGACGUUUGUUUUACCUGUUUAGGAUCAUCGGACCACUCCGUCAAUCUGUUUCCAUGUUGACUGUCAAAUCAGGCUGGCAUCGCCGACUUCUGCCUCACCACCGAUGUCCAGAAUCCUGCUGCUCUGAACUUUUUUUUCUUCUUUUCGUCAGGAUGGAGGAAUCUCCAGACAUCCUUUUGCCUUCUCUCACGCAUCGUGGUACUAUCAUCCAUUUAUUCAGCCGCUUUUUAAACUAGACGCUGAUCGUGUAGCACCGGGUAGGUGUGUUGCAAAAAAGGGAAAAAACUGAUCAUUUUAUCUACAUUUUUAUUUGUUGAAACAUCCCUUUUUUUUCCCCUUGAGGAGUUUUAGAAAAACGGGGAAACUACAGGCCUUGGUACAACAGUUUUUGUUUCGUUUUAGCUUUAUUAAAUCAUUUUUAUUGAAGCGAUGU